AAAAUUGUCGAUUUCGCGGGUUGGCUAUUGCCGGUGCAGUACCGCGAGGCGAUCGCUGCGUCUCACCAGCACACGCGCACUUACGCGUCGCUUUUCGACGUUGGCCACAUGCUACAGACGCGCAUAAACGGUAGGCACGCCGGGGAACUUCUCGAGUCGCUGACCACAGCCGACCUUCAGGCCUUGACCCCAGGCUCGGCUAGCCUCACGAUUUUCACCAACGACCAUGGUGGCAUCCUCGACGACCUCAUAAUCACCAAAGAUGAUUCCGAGAGAUUUUUCGUUGUUUCGAACGCUGGCAGGCGGAACGAGGACAUGGAGCUCAUGCAGCGGAGGCAGGCGCGUGAUUUUAUGACAUCUCAGGGCAAGGAUGUGAGCUUGGAAUUUUUGGACCCUCUGGAGCAGGGGCUGAUCGCUCUGCAAGGGCCAAGAGCCGCAAAAGCCCUGCAGUCAUUGGUAUCGAUAGAUUUGACAGCCCUGAAGUUCAUGAAAUGCGUUGAAGCUCAAUUAGACCAGAGGAAGGUGAGGAUAUCGAGGUGCGGCUACACUGGCGAGGACGGCUUCGAGAUCUCCGUGCCUGGAGCUCACGCGAGGACGAUUGCCGAGUUGAUCAUGUCGAGGCCCGAUGUCAAACUCGCCGGUCUUGGCGCAAGGGACAGUUUGAGGCUAGAGGCUGGACUCUGCCUUUACGGGCACGACAUAAACGAGAAUACGACGCCGGUUGAGGCUUCCCUGUUGUGGCUAGUUGCAAAACGCAGACGAGCAGAAGCCAAUUUCCCGGGAGCUGAACGCAUACUCGAGCAGAUAAGGACUGGUUCCACAAAAAAGCGGGUGGGUCUGAGUCUAGAUAAGGGCCCGCCAGCUCGAGAGGGUGCUGCCAUACUCACGACAGUUGGUGAGCGCAUGGGUAAAGUGACGUCCGGUGGACCGAGUCCAACGCUGGGCAAGCCUAUCGCCAUGGGUUACGUGCCGACUGAGCUCGCCAAAACCGGUACUGGAGUACUGAUUGAAAUCAGGGGGAAGACUUACAAGGCUGUUGUCACCAAAAUGCCCUUCGUCAAGGUGAACUACUUCACUGGCAAUUAAGACUUUGAAACAAUUUAAGGUUUUCGUAUAACCGACAUAUCAUUAUGUGCACAUAUUUUGCAGUUGUACAAGAUUUUUGUAACGAAUCCUAAAAGCUAGUUUUGAAUAAAACCAUGAAAAUA